AUGGGUUUACUCAAACGUUUAUUUUCUAUCGGGGGAAAGAAGAAUAAAAAGAAACGACACGAAAUCAUACACAACGUUCCUUUACCAGAACAAUCUGGCCCAGGACUACGCACAAUUGACGAAGAGGAACACGAAGCUGCUGUCGGCAGAUUACUAAGGUCAUCAUCGACCCGCUUUGCUGUUGUUUCUGAAGUAGACUAUGCCUCAUUACCACCACUCCCGCACCCAAUUAACGAUGUUAUACAACCGCCUGCCGCUUCUAGCGUCAGCCUCGCAAGCAGUACUAUCUCUCAGCGGGGAACAUAUAGCGUUACCGUUCAUACACGUAAACGCCAUACAUCAACCGAAUUCUCAAACACGAACCGUGAACUCGAUGACCGGUUAACAACUCCCUCUCGCAAUAACGACCAAAAUCCGAUCAAACUUCUCCACCAAGAUAGUCGAGCCCUCGGCCUUCGAUCUGAUCCCUCCGUCGCAAGUCUUCUUGAUAUGUAUGACGAGCAUGGUCGCCUACCAUCCAAAGCCUUUUCUAAUAGCCCUCCAUCACCCCCUCGUCAAGAAAGAGUCCAAUGUCGUCGAAAUGGGUCUACACUGCGUCAAUUGCUUGGCGCGCCUUCAAGCUUGACUUCUCGCAAAGGGAGUGACAAUCACAGCACCACAGAAGGGGACAUCUCCUGGGCGGAGAGAUUCUUAGGAGAAACUGAUGGAAGCUCAAUUAACUCCUCCAUCGGUCCAUACACACCAACACCCGAUAACCAGUUUUCGAACGAACCUUCAGAACGAUAUAACGAUUACGACAUUUCUAUUUCCAAUGAUGACAAUUUUUCCGCAAACCUUUUCGAAAAUCCAGCAAUUUCAUCUAUGGAUGUGGAGCUUAGCAUUACGUCCGACUCUUCCCAAAUGUUUGGGACGUCUAAACCCCUCAACCCCUAUGGAAGUUCGGACCCCAUGACACCUCAAAGAGCUUCUCAAGUUUUUAGUUUCCUGACUCAAAACAGGCAAUCGAAGCAAUUCGACGACCCAGAGAGACCUCUCCCAGACUUACCAAGUGCAUUCAGCUCACCCUCGUCGGAAGGAGCUGCCUCGCGAAAUGCGCAUCCCUCCCGAUUCUCUCCAGACAGCUCAAUGGAUUCUGCUUUUGAUCCAUCAACUAUUCAAUUCAAGAAUUACCAUAUUCCUCGUCAAAUAUCCUCUACCGAACCUUCCAAUCCAACUCAACUCAGUUGUAUGGCUCCACCAGCGCCAAGGUCGUCUAUAAUUGGGCUUUUCCAAGGAUCUACGUCAGAAAUGACUCCUGCACAAAAAGCGCUCGCUGUUUCUCCUGACGACCAGGGUGAAAUACCCAAUGCGCGAAAAGUGAAGGUACUGAUGUCCGGACCCACCAAAGUCAUCGUCACUGCACCUACGCCUUCCGCGAACCAUGAAACUCCUAGUCGGGUUCCAAGAGGGCCUCGGUCCCUCUUGAGGAAGCGAUCCUCUCAUAGUAUUAAGGAAGAACGGCCUACACUGGUGGAGCGUUCCAACUCGACGGCUUUGUCUUCGGAUUCGUACACUGCGCUUCCUGCACGACGCAAAGGACAUCGACGGACCGCUUCCCUCAGGUCAACCUCGACAAGUUCUCUCAUUGAGAAUGACAUCCCUUUGACCCAAGAGAGCGCGAGGGCCCCACCAGCAAGAUUUACUGAGAAGGAAAACAAUAAGGGUCUCUCAGUUGCCUCCGACAUUCCCCUGACCCCUCUUCGUUCGAACAACGCCAUGGUGGGACGUACAUCGUCUUUAUUCCGUACCGCUGUCCACCAGGGCACGUUUCGUCCCCCGGUUGGUAUGACACCAUCGCCUACUUCGUCGUCGGAAAUGUCUCCCGUUGGUAGACAACUCAUGUUGGACGUCAGGCAGCAACGAAUGAAAGCCAGGGAGGCCGAACGGGAGAGGUCAGGCAAUAGACGAUUUGGUAGCGGACGAAGUGCACUCAGAAUUUAG